AUGAUUAUUUUUCGGGUGUUUUUACUGCUCGUGCUUUCAACUAGUGCGUUUUCCGAUGAAGAUUCACUUUUAAGAUCGUGCGAGAUUAAAGAUAUCGAGUGUUUAAGCAAGUCAACUGAACAGUUUUUAGAAAAAACCUGUAAAGGUAUUCCAGAGUACGAUAUAAGAGCCAUUGACCCUUUGGAGAUACCAUCUUUGGUCCAUAAGCUUACUGAUGAUGGGAGUAUUUCGCUGCAUUUUAAAAACUUACGGAUCACUGGACUUAAAAACCAGAAAAUAUCAGAUUUCCAAAUGGACAAAGCAACGAAAUCUGUGCUCCUGAAAUUGAACGUAGAUUUGAAUAUUGUAGGAGAAAUAACUAUUGAAUCAUCUAAAAUGUCAAAACCGUUUUCUGGAAUGUAUUCUGCUAAAGCAACUACUUUAGCAACCGCUAAUUAUGAAUACGAUUUGACCACUGAUAGUAAAGGAGUUCAGCAUUUUAAAGUGCUCCCAGAAAGAAUAAGUUGUGAAAUUGUAGGCGAGCCUGAAGUUUCAAUAAGUGACGAUCUUCUUCAAUCAUUGCAGAAAGAAGAAAGUUCUAAGGAAUGGCAAUCCAAAAAUAUCAAGAAACAGAAAGAAUUUCGAGAAAAAACCAUUUGUAAAUUAGUAGAAAAAGCAUACGUAACCGUCGUUCAUAAUAUAAGAGCAGCUGCGAAGUUUUUACCUGCCAAUGCCUUUUUCAAAGACAUAUAA